UUGGCCCGUAAGCCUGCGCUCGCGAGUCAUCAGUGUCGGACACGUAGUGGGAACGAGCAGGUCCCGAUGCACAAGUCACGGCAACCCUGGGCGGAGAUGAAGGCGGACUCCGACUGGCUCUGAUUUUUAAAAGCCCUUUUCAUUCAGGAGGUUGGUUGCCAGUUGUUAUCAAUAUGGCAGAACCGUUAUCCCAAGCACCCACCGCUGCAAAAAUGGCGUCACUUAACCGGGUCCGAGCUUUGGCGAUGAUUUUCUUAACUGUCACUGGCUGCUGUGUCACCCCGACAAGUGGCAAGGAAGGGUCCGAGGAGACCGUCAUCAUAGGGCUCCGACUGGAGGACACGGACGACAUUUCCUUCAUGGAUAAGGGCUACCUGCGGGUGAGUGAGCGCUCUCGGGUAAAAUUAAGAGUGUACGGGCAGAACAUCAACAACGAGACCUGGUCCAAAAUUGCUUUCACGGAACAUGAGCGGAGCCGGGCGAUUGGGAGCAUUGACAGCUCCUCGGGGGAUAACCAGAGCCAGGAGGACUCGUCCGGCUUGCACCCCUGUGGUUUUAGGACUUCGGAUAUAAUGAUAUUGCCCUACAUCAUCCUGAAUCGAAAGACAUCCGGUAUAGUUGAAAUUGAGGUCAAACCUUUGCGAAAGACGGAGAGGAGUAAAACGUAUUACCUUUGCAUCGCCACCUCGACACCAGCCGUGGCCGGGAUGCACGACCCGCGGACGGAGAACACCUGGAUCUACCACGAUGGGGAUGACACCAAAGUGAUAGUGGUGGAGGAGAAAAAGUUUCUGCUGCCUUUCUGGCUCCAGGUCAUCUUCAUCUCCAUGUUGCUUUGCCUGUCCGGUAUGUUCAGCGGGCUGAACCUGGGGCUCAUGGCUCUGGACCCCAUGGAGCUCCAGAUAGUGCAGAACUGCGGCACGGAAAGGGAGAAGAAUUACGCCAAAAAAAUAGAGCCGGUCAGGAGCCAAGGGAAUUAUUUGCUAUGCUCUCUUCUGCUCGGGAACGUGUUAGUGAACACCACGCUAACCAUCUUGCUGGAUGAUAUCGCCGGUUCGGGCUUGAUUGCUGUUGUCAUGUCCACCAUCGGUAUAGUCAUUUUUGGGGAAAUUGUGCCACAGGCCAUCUGCUCCAGGCACGGCCUCGCUGUGGGAGCCAACACCAUAUUCCUCACCAAGUUCUUCAUGCUGCUUACCUUCCCUGCGUCCUACCCAGUCAGUAAGCUACUGGACUACCUGCUCGGACAGGAGAUAGGAACCGUGUACAACAGAGAGAAGCUUCUGGAGAUGCUGCGCGUCACGGACCCCUACAACGAUCUGGUGAAAGAGGAGCUGAACAUCAUCCAGGGCGCGCUGGAGCUCAGGACUAAGACUGUAGAGGACGUGAUGACGCCGCUGAGGGAUUGCUUCAUGAUUCCUGGGGAUGCAACGCUGGACUUCAAUACCAUGUCCGAGAUAAUGAAGAGCGGCUACACGCGCAUCCCCGUUUUCGAGGGCGAGAGGUCCAAUAUAGUGGAUCUGCUCUUGGUCAAGGACCUGGCCUUCGUGGACCCGGAUGAUUGCACUCCGCUCAAAACCAUCACAAAGUUUUACAGCCACCCGUUGCAUUUUGUGUUCAAUGACACCAAGCUUGACGCAAUGCUGGAGGAGUUUAAAAAAG